AUGUUGCUUGGCUGGUGGACGUAUUCGAGGAGGACGCCCAGCGUGCGAGCGUCGGUAGCACCGUUAUGGAGGGUUAAGAAAGCGUUGGAUGGCAUGGUGAUGUCAAGGUCCCCCGUCUCGGUACUCUCAACCCAGUAG